UUUAAAUUUAUUGUUUACUUAUUUUAGUUGUCACAAAACCAACAAGGAAACAACAAAAACAAAGACUCACUACAGUAAAACAUAAAAAAAAUUUAAUUUUUGGCCAGCAUGGCCACUUUGACCGAUGCCCAACUAGAAGAGCUCCGGGAAGCCUUCUAUCUGUAUGACCCGGAGAGGUCAGGAAGGGUGACGGUCAAACAACUUGCCGGUGUAAUGCGCGCUCUUGGCGAGGUCCUUACCGAGGCGGAGAUCUAUGACCUGGCCAACGAAUGUAGCGUGGAUUACAGUGGCAUGGUGCAGUUUAAGGAUUUCCAAUAUGUAAUGUCCAAACGUCUGGAGGAUCAGAACAGCUUGGUGUCCUUGAAACAGGCCUUCAAGAUCUUCGAUCGCAACGAGGCCAAUAGUUUCACGAUAUCGGAAAUCAAAAUAGUAAUGACCAAUCUGGGCGAGAAGAUGUCCGAUGAUGAUUUGCGUGAGUUGUUCCAGGAUAUCGAUCAGGAUAAAGAUGGUAAAAUUAGUUUCACUGAAUUCGUUGCUGCCAUGCGAAGUUGAAUUAGGAAUUCCAAAUUGAAAGAACCAAAUAAACGCGAACCCCUUCCUUUUCGGAAAAUGCCCAACCCAAUAGCGGUUUUACUACGCCUAGGCACCACUUGAAAUUUCCACCAGAAUUCCUCAGAGUCAGUCGGAGCAGCGCCAGAAAGUCGGCUUUGAAACCUUGCCCCAAGAAGUCGUGCGUUGUUUUCGUGUGUGUGUGUAUGUCCAUGUGGCUGGGCGCGUGACUCCGAAAUGGGGAAAGUGGUCGCAUGUGCCUAAUGGCCGCUGGGGAGUGCCAGGAUAUCCAAAAAGGGUGAUGGCGAUGGGGCCCGGCAAUCAUAAAAACGAGCCACGCUGAUUACGAUGCCAAUUUAAAUAUUUGACAUGCACCGCUCUCGCUGUUUACCCUUACGUCUGGCCGAGUUCAAAGCUGGGAUGUUAUUCCCCAAGUUAUAUGUAGAAAAAAGCAUUGGUUUCGAAUCUUAUCGCACUUAGCACUUCAAAUUACGAUGUUAUAUUAAUAGGCAUACAACAUAAACUGCUCAUGACUCAUUUGGCAACUUGAAGAGCUAAUAAAAUAGUUUAAAAUGA